CUCAAGCCACCACGGCCAAUUUACAGUCACAAAAUUAGGACUAUGUGAUGAAACAAACGGCUAUCAAGCAAAAAUCGCCGGUAACAAAUACUGGUCAAGAAAAAACAUGACAGGGGUUCAAUUCAAAUCAGCUGUCGUGGUCCCUGACCCUAGCAUUAAACUAAAUGACUAUCUAACAAGUGACAAAAAUCGCCAACUCCACUCCAUGCAUAGAUUUCAAAGCGUAACGGUUAACUACUGCCGAGAAAUGUACAACUUCAGUUUGGAAAUUCAGAGAACUAAUUCGUGGGGUUAUCUGACCCCGAACGGCCAUUUCGACGGCUUGGUGGGGCUGCUUGAGCGCAGACUUGUGGAUUUUGGGAGCUCUCCGUUGAUUUACAAGCUUGACCGAAUGCCGGUCAUUGAUUACAGUUACGGAAAUUGGGUUUUGCGGUCUACUUUUAUCUACAGACGCCCGAAAAUCAUUGAGGCGUCUUACAAGAUUUUCUUGCGGCCUUUAUCACGAACCGUUUGGAUUUGUAUCGUUUUAAUGAUGGUGCUUUUGAUGCUUUUUUUGAAGGUGGUUUUCAGUCGCGAGAAGCGCCUUUUGCAAAAGCGCAAUUUGGUUGACAGCAGUUGGAGCUUCCUGUUUUUGUUCACCUUGGGGGCGUUUUGCCAGCAGGGGGCCACCUGCCACCCCCAGUUACUGAGCAGUCGGACGUUAUCCAUUUUUGUUUUUCUUUUUUGCAUAUUGACUUAUCAGUUUUACUCGGCCAGUAUUGUGUCUUAUUUAUUGAUAGACCCGCCUCGGAAAAUAAAUAAUUUAAAAGAUUUGUCUGACAGUAAUUUGAGAGCCGGAAUUGAGGAUAUUUUGAUUGACAGAAAUUACUUUGUGCAAACUACAGAUCCGGUAGCUAUCGAAUUAUUUAAUAAAAAAAUCAAGUUUAGUAACAACAAUUCGGGCUUUUAUGAACCGUGGGAUGGGCUAGAUUUGGUGAAACAGGGCGGGUUUGCGUUUCAUGUUGAAACCAGCACUGCGUACCCCAUUAUCGAGGAAACUUUCACAAAUGAGGAAAUUUGCGAGCUUGAAGAAGUGCAAAUGUAUAGGACGCAGCCCAUGCAUACUAAUCUUCAGAAGAACUCGCCGUUUCGCGAAAUGAUGAACUACUGUAUGUUGCAUUUGGUGGAAAACGGACUAAUGUAUCGCUUACGAAAAUACUGGGACGCUCGCAAGCCAAUGUGCAUCGAGUCUGCCAAAAAAUUCACAUUUAAUGUUGGUCUCAAGGAGUUUUCUUCAGGCCUGAUUGUUCUUUCUUACGGUAUUUUAAUUUCACUGGGUUUGUUGUUAAGGGAGGUGAUAGUUCACAAAAAAGUGUACAUUAAAGAUUUGUUUCGUAAGAAAAAUGCGAAAAAUGCCGUUCAACCAUUCACCAAUUGAUUGAAUUACACUUUAGUUCACACAGUAGGUGAAAAUAAACAGUU